AUGACAAGAAUUGUUCUUCUUUUUGUCCUCUUUAGUCUAAAUUACCAUUCUCAUGUGGAUUUAAUAGCUGAUACCUGCAAGAAAUCUGAAAAUCCCGAUCUUUGCAAUUCGACUCUAAGGUCAGACCCUCGCAGUGCAAAGGCAGAUGCCAAAGGGCUUGCUCGUAUCAUGAUUGAAGCUGCACUUACUAAAGCUUCUACUACUUUCAAUCAAGUGAAAAAAUUACUUAGCAAGACAACAGAACCUGUUCUCAAAGGCUGUCUCACCAUUUGCACUGAUUAUCUAUUAGUAUACAACCUGUUAACAUGGGACAAACAAAAGAGUCUACAACUGAGGAAGGCUGAAGAGAGCAAUUGGAAUUUGACCUUGAAGUCUGCUAUUUUCCAUCACUCUGCAAGUUCAAAGUUAAAGCAAUAUGUUUACCAUAGUUGGGAGUACAUUGAUGAAAUAACAAAGGAUGGAAAUACAAUAUCAAAAGAUGUGAGUUGGGAAAUUAAGAAGAUGUUAUGCAACUUGGAGUAA